GUUCUAAACACUUUUCGUGGCGGCAAUGUCAUCUCAAAAUCCCACGAAUGCAAAAUACUCUACUCUGUCUUUGGGUGAACCAAUCAGACUGCCACCAAGUCAUCCUGGCAAGAUCAUCGCUAAAAUAACUACCGCAUUCAUUGGAGUUCUGGUCGUUUCAGCAACAAUUCUCGUUGCCUUGUCGGGAACUACGCCUUCUUCCCAUCUUGCAGCGCCAAGUCAUAAGGCUUUAGCAACACAGGAGGAGCCAAUCCACUUGGAAAAUGACUCACAAAACAGAUACGUAGAGUUUCAGUACGAUCCAAUAUCAGGAAAGUAUUCCCACGUAAACAAAAAUGGAUCAAGAAUUAAUCCAUUUGUUGUCAAGAAUGUUGAGCGACACUCUGAAAAACCUUACGAUGCCUACCUACACAAGAAAGAUAAAAAUGAAGAAGGAAGUAUUUAUUGGAAAUUCAACUUGAAAUCUACUGAAAAGAUAUUGGAAAAACUUGAAAUUAGAAUGGUAUCAAUCAACAAUAUUGCCGAUGGUGGAGGAAAAGCCGAAGCUUGUCUUCAACCUUCUGAAGUUUGUAAAGACAUUCCAGUAGGCGGUGUUUUAAUUUUUGAGAAACCGGAAUCUGAAACUCUAACUGUAGGAAUAAAACUGUUCAAGGAUAUCCAACUUUUUGGUCGCGAUGAGAAGUGUACAGAAUGUGGAAAGUUUGAGAGGGGAUUUACAGUCAAAGCCUUCUGGAAGUCACUGUAUCUAGCUGAAAAGAUCACAACACAAAAUAAGCUUAUCCAAUUCAAUCCGAAUUCCGGGGACAACUACGUAAAAUUUACGUAUAGCAUUCUCAACAACACUUAUUCACAUGAUAAUAUAGAUGGAUCACCAGUUGCGCCAUAUUUUGUUGAUAAAAUCGAACGAUUAGUAGACAGAACAAAUAAUGAAGUGUACUUGCGCCAGGAGUUUCCCGGCGUCUUUUCAAAUAUGUAUUGGGCGUUCAAUUUGACGAACGAUGGAAAAUUAGUUGAAAAAGUCGUCAUCUCAAUUCCCGGAAUAGAAGAACUCACCAAUAAUAGAGCAGGAGUUGUAGAAGCUUGUGAAAAUAUUCAUGAAGAUUGCAACAUAUUUCUGGAAAACGAAACUUUAACAAUUAUGCAGCAAAUGGAUACGUUAUACAUAAGUAUAACGCUUUGGAAGGAUAUUAGCGUUUUGAAAACAAAACUGAAAGGCGUGAGCAAUGUGGAGAGUUUUAAAAUUGAAGUUUACUGGACAACAACGACACCGGGAAGUAUUGUCACGACAAAAUCUUCAACUACACCAAUUACAGAACCAGAUCAUCAACCUGACAUUUCAACAACACCGCUGACUGAAAGUUACGAAAUUAUCCAAUUGAAACCGGAAACCGGAAGAGACUACGCAAAGUUCACGUACGAUGUUAUAAGCAACACGUAUUCACAAAGUUAUGAAGAUGGAUCUCCAGUUAAACCAUAUCUUGCUUCUAACGUGGAGCAUGUAGUAGAUAGAAGAUUGAAUGUAGCGUAUAUACAUAUGAAGGAGCCCAUCAAUAAGCGUAUUGGACUUAUCAACUGGGAAUUUGAUUUCAACUCCCCUGGAAGAACAGUAGAAAAAUUGGAUAUAAAACUUGCAGGAAUGGAUGAGAUUGUCAAUAAUGGCGGAACAGCCAAUGCUUGUCAACACGUUUUUAAGUGCACGGCUAUUCCGACAAACGGAAGCUUGACCAUUGAGAAGCCCCAGUUUAAUAAGUUUUUCAUGCGAAUUGAAUUGUUCAAAAAUAUAAAAGUCUUCAAAACUGAACUGAACGAUAGAAGCAGUGUCGAGAGUAUUUCAAUUGUUGUUUACUGGAGUUAAAUAAGAUUGUAUUCACAAUCAGUUUGAAAGUGAAGUCGCAAAGUAAUAAACAGUUUCUAUUUUGUA